AUGGCACAGCCUGGGCCAGAGGCUCUGUGCUCUUCUCAGUUUGACCGCAGGAUUCAGCCAUGUGACACCAACUGGGAUGCCUACGCAACAACAAUGAAAAGGGCAUUCACACCAAAGACAGCAGUGGUGCCAGAUCUAAUUCGUCAUAAAAGUAUCAGAAGAUUAGGAUAUACGUAUUCACUUAGUGACCCAAUUCCCAAUCAGACACAGUACAGUGAGGAGUACAGCUGGAAAUCUCACUCUAAAGAAGAUUUGAUCAACACUGGGACUGAAAAAGGCAUCAGAAGCCACAAAGUUCACCCCCCUCAAGGGUUCUUGCAGUGGACCUUGCCUGCAGGUCACUCUCCAGCAUUAGUGCGCAGCUGCCUCCCCUGGAAAAUGGCGUCGGUGGAGGAGGUGAGGCAAGCAAUAGCCAAUCAGUUUAUCUCUAUUAUGAAGAGUGACUUUGUGGACAGAGCUAAAGCUCAGAAGCUUAAGGAAAGUUCCCAAGAGUCUCUUGAAUGGAAAAAGUCACUCCCCCGACCUGAAGAAACGGAAUUUCGACGGAAUUACCAGGUCCCAGCUAAAAUGCCUGAGUGUCAGGAUUUCAGUUUGAAAUAUGGCUGCUACUCAAGCCGGCCACGUGCUUCUCAGGGUAUAGUUAGCAGCCUAGUGUUUUCCUUCAGCCCCUCUCAAAUCACAGAGUACCUGGAUAAGGUUUCCUACAAAGACAGACAAAUUCUUGAACGCUUCCUUCGUUCUCACUGUGACGCCAGCCAAGGGAAGACAUGA